AUGGCUCACCAGUCCGAUCAUUUGGCCAAUGCUAACCAGACUGUAACCACCAAUACCUACGACUGGCUUCAAAGCCGCGAAAACGAGGAAAGAUUGAGCAGAUCAGCUCAAAAUUCAGCUGCUAUAAGACAUACCGUUGAAAGAUGGACAAGUUUUGUUCGGUAUGGUAACGAACUCGAGAAUGCUUCUAGACCGGCCAAUCAAGCUCGUUACGAAAUACAGUAUUCUGUGUUUGAACCGCUGUUUGGCUUUACCAAAUGGCCGGAACUCCCCGAUAGGAACGAGAUUAAAGAGUCAUUUCAACAACUGGUGCAAGAUUGCACAGAUGCUAUAGCCAACCACGACAUAGAACUGCAACUAAUAAAGACCGGAUCCAGUGGGUCGUACUUCGUGUAUUCGGUAGCGAGUCCUGAGACCCCCGUGGGCGUUUUUAAGCCUAAAGAUGAAGAACCGUACGGCCCACUGUCACCCAAAUGGAGCAAGUGGGCGCAUCGAACCUUCUUCCCCUGCUUUUUCGGUCGCAGCUGUUUGAUUCCAAACCUAGGUUACGUUUGUGAGUCGGCUGCCAGCGUAUUAGACGAACUAUUGGGUACCAGGUUGGUCCCCCACACCGAAAUUGUAUCGUUGAGGUCCAAAAACUUCUACGACAAGAAAAGAGCCUGGUUCUCAACACAGCCGCGUGUCAAGACCAAGACAGGGUCUUUUCAGCGGUUUGUAGAAGGUUAUGUUGGUGCUGGCGAGUUUCUGGAUAAACACCCCUUCCCUGGCGUAUACAAAGAUAAAGAUCAGCCGCCACAGCAGCAAGCUUCAGACCAGUUUCACUGGAAUCGACAAACUUUGUCCGCGUUCCGGAUCGAAAUCGAAAAGCUGAUUGUUCUGGACUAUAUUCUGCGCAACACAGAUCGUGGACUGGACAAUUGGAUGAUCAAGGUCACGCAAUCGCCGGACAAUUCGUGGGACGUCAAAUUGGCUGCAAUUGACAAUGCCCUGACUUUUCCCUGGAAACAUCCUGAUGAGUGGCGAUCCUUCCCAUACGGAUGGCUUUACCUUCCAGUAAAUAUCCUGGCGCAACCGUUUUCAGAAAGCACACGAAGACAUUUUCUCCCACUCUUGACGAGCACUACAUGGUGGGAACAAUGUUUUACGGAGCUAAGUGCACAAUUUGGCCGCGAUCAGGAGUUCAAAGAACGCAUGUGGAAAAAACAGUGGUGUGUUCUUAAAGGACAGGCUUUCAGCAUUGUCGAGACGCUCAAAACUCCGACGCAGGGUCCUUUGGAAUUAGUGCGCCGCACUCGUACUAUGGUGAUUGACGAUUUUAUGCAAGUUCCAUCAACCACCCUGCCAUUGAACAUUCUUCACCACGCAAUGGAAGAGCCUCUAUCGCUCUCUGCUUCUUCUCCCAUGGUUCUCUCGUCCGUACCGGAAGAACAUACAGCCUCUACCAAUCCAGCCGUGAGCGCGACAGGAAAAAAUAAUGCUGUCGAUGUGACGGAAGAGCUCACAUCGGCCUCAAAAGACUGCACCUACAAGAAAGUCGUCAUCGAGAGACUAAUGGUGGUUAACUCAAAACCGCCGGUCUUCACUUGGUGGUGA